GACCCGGAACAAAAUGAUCAACAAAACCUUGUUUUACCACAAAUAUUAACAAUUACCAAUAUAGCGGAUUUUAAACACUUGCCUUGAACACAAUUUUAGUUAAAAUUAUGCCAACGAACUGGAACCAAAAACCCAGAAACGGGCUAAUAAAACGGAUAUAACCGAUUGCACAGGAUCAAGGAUAGAUCAAAUUAAGCGACGACGUUGACGGCGACUGCGAAGCCGACUGCGACUGCGAGAGAGCGACCAUGGUGUGCAGCAGCGCGUGUGCGUGUGUGUGUGUUUUGUACCGUGUUGUCUGAUUGUGUGCCGUUGUUGUUGUGAUUGUUGUUCUCGCUGUUGCUAUUGUUUUUGCUCUUGUGCGUGUGGUCGACGUGCGGACAGACGGACGGACAGUGGGACACACGGAGAGUGGAGAAUCCGAAUCCGGUGGGCAGGAGAGCAGGAUCGGCCGCAACAUCCUUACCCCGAAACAAAAGCAAGUUAAAAAGCGAAGGAAGGCAAGAGAAAACAACAAAAAAAGUAGGAGAAGCAGAAAACAAAAACAAAGAAGAGAUUCGUGGUUUCCAUGUCGCCAACUGUGGGCCUCUGAUGCCCUCGCAGGUCUCCCGAGGAUUGGACACCACCAACAUGCUGCCAAUCAGCGAGGAGCAGCAGCUGCAACAGCAGCAGCAGCAGUUGGAGCAACUGCAUCAUCCGCAGAUACCAGAGAUUCCCAUACCAGAUCUAGAGCAAGUCGAGACCCAGGUGGGCGAUGGCAGCCUGUGGACAGCGCUGUAUGACUACGAUGCCCAGGGCGAGGAUGAGCUGACACUGCGACGCGGCGAAAUCGUGGUAGUCUUGUCCACGGACAGCGAGGUGUCUGGCGAUGUGGGCUGGUGGACCGGCAAGAUUGGAGAUAAGGUCGGUGUCUUCCCCAAAGACUUUGUCACCGAUGAGGACCCACUGCAACUGAAUGUCUCGUCCGCCAUUGGCGACAUUCAACCGCAUGAGAUCGAAUACAAUGAGCUGGACAUCAAGGAAGUCAUCGGCUCCGGCGGCUUCUGCAAAGUCCACCGUGGCUACUACGAUGGCGAGGAGGUGGCCAUUAAGAUUGCCCAUCAAACGGGCGAGGAUGAUAUGCAAAGGAUGCGGGACAACGUCCUGCAGGAGGCCAAACUGUUCUGGGCCCUCAAGCACGAAAACAUAGCAGCCCUGCGAGGAGUAUGUCUGAAUACCAAACUCUGCCUGGUGAUGGAGUACGCCAGGGGAGGAAGUCUUAAUCGCAUACUGGCUGGCAAGAUACCACCCGAUGUACUAGUCAACUGGGCCAUUCAGAUAGCCAGAGGCAUGAACUAUCUGCACAAUGAGGCGCCCAUGUCGAUCAUACAUCGCGACCUCAAGUCCUCCAAUGUGCUGAUCUACGAGGCCAUCGAGGGCAAUCAUCUGCAGCAGAAGACGCUCAAGAUCACGGAUUUCGGUUUGGCCAGGGAGAUGUACAACACGCAGAGGAUGAGUGCGGCGGGCACGUACGCUUGGAUGCCGCCGGAGGUCAUCAGCGUUAGCACCUAUUCCAAAUUCUCCGAUGUUUGGAGCUACGGUGUUUUGCUGUGGGAACUGAUAACGGGCGAGACGCCCUACAAGGGCUUCGAUCCGUUGUCCGUGGCCUAUGGCGUGGCUGUCAACACGCUGACCUUGCCCAUACCAAAAACCUGCCCCGAGACGUGGGGAGCCCUGAUGAAGAGCUGCUGGCAAACGGAUCCGCACAAGCGACCGGGCUUUAAGGAGAUUCUCAAACAGCUGGAGAGCAUCGCCUGCUCCAAGUUCACGCUGACGCCUCAGGAGUCGUUUCACUACAUGCAGGAGUGCUGGCGAAAGGAGAUCGCCGGAGUGCUACAUGAUUUGCGCGAAAAAGAAAAGCGUUUCCAAACCAUCGAAGAGGAACUGCGCAACAAGGAGGAGCAGCUGCUCAGGGUGCAGAACGAGCAGCGCGAGAAGGCGAAUCUCCUAAAGAUCCGGGAGCAGAAUCUGCGCGAGCGUGAAAUGGUGCUGAUCGAACGGGAGCUUGUCAUGAUGCAGCCGGUGCCAUCGAAACGCAAACACAAAAAGGGCAAAAAGAACAAACCACUGCAGAUAUCGCUGCCCACGGGCUUCCGGCACACGAUUACGGCCGUACGCGACAAGGCGGAACAGCCGGGAUCACCUUCCCUCUCCGGGUUGCGCAUCGUGGCACUGACCGAUGGGCACAAGGGCAAGACAUGGGGCCCGUCGACGAUGCAUCAGCGGGAGCGAUCCCUACUGCCUUCGCAACUGAGCGGCGGUCAGCCGGAAUGGCCCGCCCAGACCUCAACCCACUCCUCCUUCAGCAAGAGUGCUCCGAAUCUGGACAAGAAGCAGCAGCAGCAGCAGAACCAGCAACAGGUGGCCUCGCUGACACCGCCGCCGGGUUUGGGAACUUUGGGUGGAAGUGGAAGUGGAGGCGCUGGUGGGACGCCGGCCACACCCUUGUUGUACCCAGGUAUACCCAUUAUACUAACGCGCCCCAACAACAACAACAUUGGCAAUUGUAAAGCCAUCACCACCACCAUCACAACCACCACCACCACAACCACCAACAACAACAACAACAGCAUCUCCGCCAACAACAACAAUCAGCUAAAUAAUAUUAGUACUAUUAAUAGCAAUAACAAUAACAGUCAAACUAACCUGACCUCCCAACCGAACACGAUAAUCGUCCUCCAGAACGGCCGGAGCAACUCCAACAGCAGCACCACCAGUCAAUCCCCAGCCAAGAUCUACCAUCGCGCCAGGAGCCAGGAGUACGGACUGGAUCAUCCGCAUGCGUAUCAGCCACCACCACUCUAUUUGGUAACGGAUGACAGCUCGGAAACGGACACCGUGGCCAGUCCGACCGGUUGCUUUCACUUCCUGAAGUCCGGCAAUUCGUCGACGGCCAGUGGUGCCGUGCAUCUGCAUCGCUUUGGCGGCAGUCUGGGCAACAGCCCAGCUGUGGGCAGAAAGAAGCAUUCGCUGGACAGCAGCAGUCAUCAUCCGCCUCCGAACGGUAGCAAUAGCUUUGCACUGCCCAACCAGUUAACUCUGCCAUCGGAGGAUAACAAUACGUAUGACCAUGCCUUCUAUCGGGAUGUGAUCAAGAAGAUGUCCAUGGCCAGCAGCGAAAGGGUGAACUCCAAGUCCAGUGGCGACCUGACCAUGUACAACUCCAGCACACCGCUGACUGCCAGGGAUUGCGAUGAUGCGGAGGAGGCCUUCGAGGGCGGACGCUUUCAGCGUAACUUUUCCGGCUCGCAGUUUCCACGGCACUGCUUCUUCACCAGGCAGGAGGAGGAAGGGGAAGCGGAGGAGGAGGAGGAGGUGGCGGCGGAGGUGGACACAGCAGAAGCGGAUGCCGAAGACGAGUGUCAAGUGCCCGCCAGUCAGAUGCGCCAGAACUCCACCACGUCGCGCAAGAGCUCAGUGACCUUCCAGAGCGUCAGUUUCGAGGAGCCCGAUUUCGUGGCCACGCCACGAACGACUGCCAGAUCGGAUCUAUAUACAUCCAAUGCCUCCAUUAGCUUCGCCACCUACCGCUCCGCCUCGCCAUCGCUGUCCUCGUCGUCCACCACUGCAUCCGCCUCACCGUCCAUUGCUUCUACGGAAGCUGUGAACGGCUAUCACAUGCAGGAGAACUCCAUACUGAACACGCGUCGGAUGCAAGAUGUUCAGCCGCAUCCCGAUGUCAUUAAGCUGAAGGAACACCUGCGGGCCCAGGAACAGCGCCAGCAGACCAAGAACCAAAAGAAGCAGCGGCCCAAGCACAUUACCAAAUCCAAGUCUGUUGAGGCGCCAGUCGAGGGACAGCACCAUGAACAUGAUGACCACAAUGAUCCACAGCACCAGCAUCACUCGGCUGGAUCGAGCAAAAUCCGCGCUCUUUUCAAUAUCUUCACGCGCUCGCGAAAGAAGUACAGCAAGCUGGCGGAGCACAACAUGGUCGGUGGGCCCGAGUUCUGUGCCAUUGAUCCGUAUCAAACCGAUUUGGCCAUGGGCGGCAGCAGUCGCUCCCUGAAGCGCAAGGGCAAGAAGCCGCAGACGCAAUCCUGCGAGCAACUGGAGCGAUGCUGAUGUCCCAGUUGUGCGCCGUGCUGCAGUGCUGCUGUUGGAGUUGGCCGCCAGAUGAGAACCGCCUAAUUAGCUCAUUGUUUUAUAUUAAAACUGUAGACUAAGUCAGACGCAAAGGAAGAGCGCAGAGAUGAAACAGCAGACGAGGAUUAGCCAUAGCUAAUGUGUGGAAUUAGUAGGGCCCAGAGAUACAGAUACCUAUCCGAAUUCUUCCCGUCUAACGAAAUCACAAAACUAAACAUAAAACCAAACUCCUUCCCUCUGUCCGCGGUUGGCAUUUCAUAAUAACCGAAUUGUUCCUAACGAAUGCAAUAUGAUGUGCGCGAAAUUCACAACUAAAGUUAAUCCCUAAUUAGUCCAGUGAUUUGGUUUUUUUGCCAGAGGAGCGGCUAGAUUGCUAAUUGCAAAAGUGUAGUGAGGACGAACUUUUUUGAGGAUCAAACGGAUAGAUAGACAAACGGACACGGAGAGAAAAAACGUGUGCAUGGGCCAAUGGCAAAAUAUAUUGAACUAAACCAUAUACAUGAAUGUGUAACAAUUGGAUUAACCUUAAGGAAACCAUAUUGCUAUAUUUAUGCCGAUGCGUAAGUGCGUCCUUGCACAUUGCAUUGCACACAUCUUAGUUGAACUAAGUUCUAGUUUUGUAGGAAUUCGAACUUUUUUUUUGAGUCCUUCCUCCUUUUUUUUGCCCCUUCUUUUUGUAAGAGAUAUUUUCCAAAUUUCCAUCGCUUGCCGCAGUUCGUUUCGGCUUAAGUACACUUAACGAAAAGUUGCGGCGCUUUUUAAUUUUAAUUUGGUAUUCGACUUUUUUUGGUAUUUUGAGCACAGUUUUAUUUACAUACAUUUACUAUGCAAUCGGGUUUUCCAUUUUAUUUAUUUAUGAUUUAUUUCUAAAAAAAAAACAGAAUAAUCGCGCAAAAGAAAAGAAAAAAACCUGUGAUCAAAAAACGAUGAUGAAACGAAAAGGAAAUGAUCAUUUUUUUGUAUUAUUUUUAUGAAAACUUUCAAUUGUAUAUUUAUACUUCAUCUUACGAUUUGUUCAUUCUACGUUUAGUGCUCGAUUCUAUUUCAAUGUACUUUGUAUAUUAUUGUAUUUUCCAUGUUGGGGCCAAGCCAUCCCAAAAAAAAAAAA